AGCGUGUUCAGGAAACAGCCUAAUGACCACCUGUAGAAGAUUGCAGAAUGUCUGAUGAACCUGUCGUUGUUACUUUCAAAGAACUGAAGAAGAAAAGACCACGUUUAUCCGAAAAUCUUCGAUCCACAUAUGAAGAGGGUUUGGCACAGAUUAAGUCACGAAAGCGUCCAAGUGAUCCCCGAUUCGAUCCUCGAGUUCAUGGUGUAUGCAAUCUAACGGACUGGGAAUUUCUGGAGGAUGACAGAAAGGCCACACGCACCAAGCUACAGAAGAUGCUGGAAAACAAACGACUGGACGAUGAGACACGGGCCAAAGUGAAACAAGCUCUACACCUACUUCGUCAACGGGACGCAUCCUACAAGGAUAGGAAAUUUCGUAAACAAAUGAUGCAAAAGUUACAAUCGAAGCAAGUGGAAAAUUUAGAAUCCGGAAAGCCGGUAAAGUUUAUGAAGCGAGCGGAACUUCGGGAGCAAAUCCGACAAGAACGUCUGAAGAAAAUGACCAGAAAACAACGUGAAAAGUACCUCUCCCGACAACACGAAAAACGGCCACAUUCAACAACACUUUUGGACGAAUGAAAACGGCAUUGACUAAGUUUGUACAUAUUUUUCGGAAUACACAUCAUGCUUUUUCUUUGUGACGGAACUCGUACACUGCAUCCUAUGUUCAGUCAUACUUGUGCUUGGCAGUUUGGCAGAGCUCCGUGUUUUUAAUCUUAUGAUGAUUCCUCUUUCUAGUCUAUUGGGAUAGCGACCCUUGUCGGCUCUGGUCGCUUCGAUAUUCCCAUAGAUGAAGCCAGCCUAUGCUGAGAAGAUUAGAACUACUGUACGGCCGUUUUAUCCUUAUUCGGGAAUCAACAGCGUGCACCUCACAAAACUCCAAGGCAUUCCGAACCCGUGACCUCCAGACUAAUAGUUUGAAGACAACCUUUGGGUCGCAAAUGACUGAUGAACCCGCGCUUGGAUUAAUGGGAAGCUUCUUUUGUUGUAGUAGGUUUAACUGCAGGAGCAAAGCGGAUUAUGCUGGUCUGCCCGAGUAAUUGAAAACUAACGAUUAACUCAUUAGUUGGUACGUGACUGUUAAGGGGUGAACCUAUAUUUUGGUAUAUAAUCGAAACAUUGAAACCCA